AUGGCAGCAAAUAAAAUUCCCACGGAAAUAGUAAUUAAAAUUUUAAAUAAUUUUCAAUCUUCUCGGGAUUUACAUUCAUCAUUAUUAGUUAAUCGAAUCUGGUGUAAAGCUACUAUACCUAUACUUUGGGAAUUACCUUUUGGUCAAGAUUGUAGUUUAGAUAAUAAGCAGAAGUUGAGAAAGAAAGCAUUAUGUAUUCGAACUUAUAUAUCAUGUAUGGAUACUCAAGCUAGAAUUUUCCUUGCGCAAAAUGGGUUUUAUUUAUUAUCGUCACCACCUCAGGCUACUUUCGAUUAUCCAUCAUUUACUCAUAAAUUUAUAAUUAAUAAUUUAGUUUAUUUUAUUUCCAAAUAUUCAUUUAAAAAAAGUCUUAGUCGACGAAUAUCGAAAAUAUUAUUUUGUGAGAUAUUCCAAUUAAUAAUAAAUCGUUGUAAAUUUAUAGAUUCUUUCAAAAUAACAGAAGUUCCCAUGAAUAAUUCUUUACGUUAUAGUGAUUUAAUUGGUUCAAUUCUCAAAUUACCUGGUGUCCCCGAAGUAUUUAGUAAAUUAGAAAGUUUUACUUCGACAAUAAUAAGAGUAGAUCUUAAUCUGAUUGGACUAUAUGAAUCAUUAACGUUAAUUUGUGAUAACAUUUUAAAUAUGUAUUUAUCAUUGAAUUCAGAUCCUCAAAUCGAAUCAUUAGAAAAACUUAUCAGUGCCCAAAAACAGUUAGAAAAUUUAUCAAUUGCUGGUAGUUUUUAUCAACUUCCUAAUUCGUUAUUUUGGGCUAUCAUUAGUCAAAAAGAAACGUUAAAGAGUCUUCGUUUAAAUUUAGUAAAUCUUUCUAACUUCAAAGGAAAAUUGGCAUCAAUUGGACAAUUUAUUUCACUUCAAGAACUUUAUAUUAAACAUUGUUACAGAUUACAUAAUUCGGACUGUUUAUUCUUGGCUUCAUCAUUUACUCAAUUGAAUAGUUUUCAUUAUUUUCAUUCUAGACAUAUUGAUAGAUAUCCUCGAGAAUUUAUUAUAGAAAUUCUCCAAACGGCAAAUACAAAUUUAAAAAAUAUUUGUCUAGAUUUAUAUGAAACAAUUCCAUUUGAUACAUUUUCAACAAUUUUGAAUUAUUGUACAAAGAUUACUGAAUUAACUUUUUUUAAUUUAAGUCCUGAACAAGUAAUAGCAAUAUUUAAUAAUAAUUUUAAUGAAUUAAGAAGUUUUUCAUUUGGUUGUGAAAAGGAAGGAUUCGAUGCUAAUGAAUUAUUAUGUCAAAUGGCCGAGAAUGUACCAGAAUCACUUGAAAUCAUUACAAUUAAAAUGGAUUAUGAUAAUCCAUGGAUAUUUAGUUCUGACAGUUUAAGAAAAUUUUUCGAAGGACAAACGGGACAAGCAUCACAAUUACCACGCAUAUUGAAAAUAAUGGAUAAUAAAUAUUUUAAAAUUAUUGAAGAAUACGGAAUUCAAUUUGAUAUGAAAUAA